UACCUGUGAACUAUGCACAGAUAACGAGCAGGUGGAAAAGUACUUAAGGGAGCGGCCGCAGGCAUCUACCCGCCAUCGUCAUGAAGUUCCUGACAGUGAUUACGUUACUCGCCCUCACGCUCACUCUAACUGAGUGUGUGGUGGUGUGCUACCUGGAGUCAUGGGCCGUGUACCGCAGCGGUAAUGGUAAAUUUGACGUGGGGGACAUAGAUACCAGAAUUUGCUCUCACCUUAUCUUCGCAUUUGCUGGCCUCAAUUCCACUGGGCAGAUCCAGGUACUCGACCCAUUCCAUGAACUCUGCGAGAACGGUGGAGAGUGCGCCUAUGACAGGUUUACAGCCCUCAAGGAACAAAAUCCUGCAUUGGUAACCUUGUUGAGCGUCGGUGGCUGGAACGAAGGCUCCACAAACUUCUCCAAGGUGGCAGGAGACCCAGCAUUGAGGAAGACGUUCGUCGACACCUCCUUAGCACUCCUCAAGGAGCAUGGCUUCGACGGUAUAGAUAUAGACUGGGAGUACCCUACCCAGAGAGGCGGCGUGCCUGAAGACAAGGAAAACUUUGUGACCUUGCUGAGUGAAUUUCGUGAAGCCCUGCACGCUGAGAACAUGACCCUGACAGCCGCCUUGGCUGGCGGAAAGUUCGUGAUCGACGAGGCCUAUGACAUUCCGGGCAUUGCCGAGCAGGUUGACAUAGCUAACAUUAUGACCUACGACUUCCAUGGAGUGUGGGAGAACUUUGUUCACCACGCCUCUGGGCUCACCGCUUACUCCGCUGACACUGACAGCAACAGCUUCCUCAACGCCGACUUUGCCAUCACCUACUGGAUAGAGGGAGGGAUGCCGAGCACCAAGAUCGCAAUGGGUGUGCCUCUCUAUGCCACUUGCUGGACCCUGGAUGACCCUACCCAGACUGAUUACUACUCCCCUGCCAGCAAUCCCGGUCAACCAGGGCCAUGGACCGAGUUAGAGGGCACGUUGGCCAUCAACGAGCUCUGCUACUCGCAGACGGCGGAGCCAGAUGCUUGGGUGAUAGAGACUGCUGCAGGCAUGAACGAGCCUCAUACUUAUCGUGACAGUCAAUGGUGCUCCUACGAAAACCGCACCUCUGCCGGUAUCAAGGCAAACUACGCCAAGAACCACAACCUGGCUGGUGUGAUGGUGUGGAGCAUCGACAUGGACGACUUCCAAGGGAACUGUUACUCCCGUACCUUUGAGCUCACCAGAAUCAUGUUCGAGGUACUCGGCAGAUGCUAAUGAGUUUAGUACCUCUGAGAACACCUGCUCAAAUUAUUAGGUCGCUGCAUUGAAUCUUUCUUGAUUACAUGUCCUUAAAUCCUAAUAAAUAGUGAAGCACA